CAGGACAGCUGAUCUAUUUCAAACAGGAAGUUGUUUACAGAUAACACUUGUAACUGUUUUGUCUGAUUUGUUGAACUGUCGAAAAGCAAAAGACAACCUCUUCUCAAAUUAAAAACUGUCAGACUUCUGUAAACAGCAGCAAUGAGGUUCAUCUGUGCAGUGUCCCUGCAGGCACAGAGCAUUCUGCAGUUCCCAUUUUCUCAGCAACCAUAAGGGAAGAUGAUGUACAAUGUUGCAACUACAGUGUUGGAUACAUGGACUUUAGAUGUUUAGAGUUUUACCGAUUUGGACUGGAUUUACAUGUUCAGAGUUGAUUCCUGGGCACCUUUUGGCAGCACUGAGUAACUGUGGAGUCAGUGACCUGUAAGUGCUCAUUAUGAAGAGAGAUCUGGUUUUCUUGGUGACUCUAAUUAGCCUUGCCUUCCUGUCACUGUUAAGGUCUGGAUAUCCUCAACAUAUUGCAGAGGAGUCCUGCUCUGUUCAAAUUCUUGUUCCAGGCCUCAAAGGGGAGGCCGGAGAAAAGGGUGAGAAAGGAGCUCCAGGUCGUCCAGGCAGAGUCGGGCCUCCAGGAGAAAAAGGAGAAAUGGGGGACAAAGGACAGAAAGGCAGCAUGGGACGACAUGGAAAAAUUGGUCCUAUUGGCUCAAAAGGUCAAAAAGGAGAUAAUGGUGACAUAGGACCACCAGGUCCUAAUGGUGACCCAGGUAUCCCCUGUGAGUGCAGCCAGCUGAGGAAGGCUAUUGGUGAAAUGGAUAUCCAAGUGGCCCAGCUAACAACAGAACUAAAAUUCAUUAAAAAUGCACUGCCCUCCCCCGCAGCUGUUGCUGGUGUGCGCGAGACAGAUAAUAAGAUCUACCUGCUGGUGAAGGAAGAGAAAAGAUACAAGGAAGCCCAGCUCUACUGUCAUGGAAGAGGAGGGACACUGAGCAUGCCUAAGGAUGAGACUGCCAACAAUCUGAUCGCUUCGUACAUCAACCAAGCUGGGCUCACCAGAGUUUUCAUUGGGAUUAACGACCUAGAGAAAGAGGGAAAUUUUGUCUAUUCUGACCGAUCGCCCAUGCAGACCUUCAACAAGUGGCGCAGUGGGGAGCCCAACAAUGCUUAUGAUGAGGAGGACUGUGUGGAGAUGGUGGCAUCUGGAGGGUGGAAUGAUGUUGCGUGUCAUAUUACCAUGUAUUUUGUGUGUGAAUUUGACAAAGAAAAUGUCUAAGCUUCUCUGCUCGCUCUUUAUUUUAAGGAAAGUUUUAAAGCUGGUUGUACAAGUUACCCCAUGUUUAUAGAGUACAAGUGAUAUUUUGCAAGUGUGUUGCAUCAGUGUUGUACAGCUGUAAAUACAAUUUAGGUAUUUCAAAUAUCAGUAUUUACCCUUCAGAAGGGAAGAGCAGUGAUAAGACAUAGCUUUUUUAAUUUUUUUUUCUCUAGGAAAAUAUGUUUAGAUUAAAAAGUGGUUUGGGGCUAAGUUCUGCCCUUGCAAGAGUUAAUAAAUGCAAUGGCAUGACUGUAAGGGAAGGCAGAAUUUAAGCUCUAGUUGUUAGAAGGAUUAUUUCUGAAGAAGUAGAUUCCUGAUAUUCUUUUAUCUUAGCAAAAUUUGUAGUUAUGUUAAUUGCUUGUAAUGCUACAGGGAUAUUUCAGCAACAAGGCAAAUAUUUUAUAUACUCCAGUUAAUAAGUAUAAAUAUGACUUAAGUUUUUUGGAUGAGGUGUUACAACUUUUUUUAUUUUUUUUAAAAACAGCCAAAGCAAAUCAACAAAUCAGGAAUCCUGCCAGUCUUAUAAUUUUUCAUUAUUAGCCUGUUCACAGAUAUAUGACAAGGAGGCAGUUAAAUAAACUGAAUUUUAGUGCUGAAGGAGGAGAAAGUUCUGAUAAUUUAGUACUGAGAGAUCGUAGCCAGAUGGGUAUUUUGGGAUUGGCUAAAAGUAAAAAUAAGAUUUUGGUUUUCUGCAUUCUUAAGUGAGAACAAUUGAGUGCAUGAACUGGUUUGGGUCCCAAAUAAUUCUUAAAGUAAAAACAUUUUACAUUUGUAUAAGAUGAUCUUGGUGCAUCUUGUUACAAAAUGAAAUACCAGCCCUCCAUCACUUAUGGCAGACUUCACAAAGAGUAAAUGAAUCUCAUUAAAACUGUUUAGCUGUUUAGGCAGGAAAACAGCUUACAUGUUAACUGAGAUUGUAGGGAUGACGCCCUCAAAAGCAGCAGAAGUUUCCAAAAUUUUCCUGAUUAUGUGUACAGCAAUAAUAAGUAAUUUUGCAUGUAUAAUUUAUAUGCCCAAUUUACAAUUGUCUGAUGAAAAAUGUAAUGUAUUAAAAAAAAAAAAAAUAUCAGCAUCAUUUCACAAAGGAAAUUACUAAUUAUUUUGGAUCUUCCUAGGAGCCUGUUGCAUGUUACCUGCUGUUAGGCAUAGAAAGAUGACUGCAAAAUAUCUGACUUUGUUUUUUCAGGAAUACCUUGCACAGUAUGUUAAAGCAGAAAUGAACCUUUGUGUAACAUAGUAAUCAAAAUAAAUAUCUGAUCAUUAUGGGAGAUUCGUCUACUGGAUGUUCACAGUGGAUGUGGCAUGUGGUCCCAGAGAUUUCCCUGCAGCAAGGCAGGACCAACUCUUAUCAACUUUACAAUGUUGUAGCAUACAGACAAUCAGUAACCAUACAAUUCUGUUCAUAUCCACAGUGCCUGACAUUAUUUGAUGCAAUGCUCUUAUUAUAUACCUAAGAAAACAAACAAUUUUUUCUUGCUAUAUUUACUCUGAAUUUGAAUCCAUCAUAUAUUGAUAUGUUUGAUAUUAAUUUUAAAGUUGAGUAGCAAAUUUCUGUAGUAUUGGAAUAUCAGCUCAGCUCCACAGCAGUAACUUUAAGAUACAAACAGUAUUUCCAUUGCUUUACUUUCUUUCUCAUAAAAGGUAGGUGUCAUUCCUAUAUGUUAGUUGUUCUUCCAACUGUAUAUUGAAAGCUAUUCAAUAAUAUGAAUAUGGUUCUACACAAAUAUUCAAAGACUCUUCAUGGAAUUUGGAGGGAGCUAACAAUUCCUGUGGAACUAUUUGUUUGUUUAGAAUAACACCUUUUGAAUGUUAUUUCCUGCCUGCUAUAGAAAUCCUCAGAAACAGGUUCUCUGACAUAGUUCUGUCAAAUCCUUGUACCUGUAUUAAAACAGUCCAAACCUGA